AUGGAUAAAUGCAAUAAUUUCUUACCUUCCGCUGACCACCUUUCAGCACUUGCUAAAGGACGUAUCCCAGAAAAUACAGUCAGAAAUACUGAAGGAUGGAUUAAAAUUAUGGAUGAGUGGCGGUUAGACGUUAAUUAUAAUGAACCUUUAGAAAAUCAAAGUAAAGAAAUGAUCGAGCUACAAGUCUCACAAUUUUUAUGUGGCGUGACAACUAAGAAAGGCAAACCUUAUUCACGAGCAUCAUUAAAAAAUGCCUUAUCAGCAAUUAACAGGCAUCUGCAAAAUAUAAAACCCGAUGGUAUUAUGUUAAAGAAAAACCAACAAAAAAAUGACCAAGGAGGAUUAGAUGGAAGUCAAUUUGAUUUAAUUAUACCUUUUCCAUCCGAUCCACCAGGUGUUACAGGACCAAAUGCUGACAUAAAAAAAUAUCUUUCUUUUCGAUCUAAACAUUUCAAAUGUUUAAACUUUUAUCUCUCAGUUUGCCGCAGCCCAAAUGACAAGCCAAUGGCUGAUCGUGCAAUUCGUUCACUAUUUAAAACAAUAUGCAUCGACUGUGGAUUAGAUAUUGAAACAAGAGAUAUUUGUAAUUAUUCAGGUCGAAGAACAAGUAUUAUGGAAUUAUUUAGUAUCAGAGUGCCAGAAAAUACAGGUCGUGCAAUUAGUGGUCACAAAUCUUCUGGUAGUUACUAUGCUUACGCCAAACCUACAAAUCAACAUAAAAGAGAGGCAUUAGCAAAUGUUCUUAAUAAGCUAAUUACUCAUACGCCAUCUAAUCAAGAAACACAAGAAUUAAUUGAAUAUACUGACCCCAUCUCUGAUUAUAAUAAAGACUCCCAAAAUUGCAAUGAUGAAGGCUCAGCAAACUACGAUAAUGAAGGCUCACCAACUUAUAUGUCUGAAAGUGAGGAAUAUUUAAGUGAAGAAUCUAUACAG